AUGAACAACGCGCUGUUUGUUGCAGUGAGAGAUGCAUUAAACAAAGCCCGCAAAGAUGAUUCGGUUGCGGCAGUGAUUCUGUCUGGAGAAGGCCGAGCGUUCUGUGCCGGGUUAGAUCUAGCUGCGGUGGGAGAGGAAGGUUCUGGUCAAUUCCCUGGCAUGUUUGCCGCCCUGAAUUCGUUUGAUAAACCGCUCAUCGGUGCUGUUAACGGGCUCGGGGUUGGCGUGGGGAUGACCAUGUUGGCGUAUUGUGAUUUGGUCGUGAUGGCGCAGGACGCCAAGCUGCGAACGCCGUUUCCGCAACUCGGGUUGGCACCGGAGGCGGGCAGCAGUUACACCUUUCCUGCUCGCUUAGGAUGGCAGAAUGCGGCCUACGUUUUGAUGUCCGGUCGUUGGUUCAGUGCGCAAGAAUGCCUGGAUAUGGGUUUGAUCUGGAAAGUGACAUCUGCUGAUUCUGUCAUGCCCGAAGCACAACAGGUUGCAUUGGAAUUGGCUGCCAAUCCCAUUCCUUCGCUGAUUGCCACCAAGUCGCUGAUGUUGGCUGCGGGUCGCCAAGAGGGUGCGAUGGCAGCGCAUAAAAAAGAGAACGAUGCAUACGCUGUACUAAUGGGUGGCCCGGCAAAUGCAGAAGCAUUCCUGGCGUUCAAAGAAAAGCGAGCGCCGAACUUUUCCAACAUCGAAGGCUUGUAA